AUGUAUAAGUUUGUAGUAGAGAACUACCGCGACCUCAUACGCACAAACGCUCCAGAAAUCGAUGCUCCCAAACCUCCGAAGCAUACCGCAACUACUUUACUAAAGGCCGCCGCUAAUCCAACUACCCCAGACGAUUCCUCCAUUCCACUUGGGCAUCGAACACGCCGACUGAGCCUUUCCAUGAGGGAUUUGCCAACGGGCCCUGCAUACGCCAAUGUUCCCGUGCUCCUACACCUCGCCGACAUCUUUCGAUCCAUGCCCAACCUCCAAAUUCUGGUGAUUGGUGCACCACGUCCUUUGUCCGUCGCUGGAUCAACAACACCUCCCCUCAUAAUUCCGGAGCAGGCGUGGAACGCUCUCAUUACCACUGCAGGCAGUUCACUGCUUCGGUUGGAGCAUACUAUCGUGGACAACCUCGUGCCGAGCGCAACCGUCCGUGGAGAUACUGUUCUGCGUGGCUUUUCUCGGCUGCGAACCGUUCAUCCUCACGUCUGGAUCUCCACUGUCCAAGCGUGCAGCCUUUGUGCGCUGCAGCUACCUUCCAUCGUAUCAGGCGUCGAAAUUUCUAAUCGCAUGCGGGGUUGCUCCUGCGAGCAGGACGCCUCAAACCCUCCAUACCCUUCUCUAUCCACAGUCGUCAUCAGUAGCACCUCUCCGGCCGCGGGAAAAUUUCUAGCUAUCCAAGGCUCCCGGCUGAAGACCAUCGUCCUGUCAGAUUUCUCUCCCGAAAGACAGCGCCGUGCGUUGGGCUACUUCCGCGAGUACUGCCCGAACGUGACGCGACUCAUCGUCUACCUAAACGAGAUAGACCUCCGAUUCGAGGAGAAGGCUCACGACUUGCUCUUCCUUCUCCCCCCUUCUGUCACACAUCUCGGACUCUUUCUCAAUUAUACCGAUUGGGUCGUGGACGGCCAGAGCUUUGGAUCGACACUGACUCCAGAGCUGGCUUUGAAGUGGCUUUGCAGGGGUACUCCAGAUCUGCCGGCAUCCGUGGGAUCAUUGAAGAUUCUUCGGUUCUUUAAUCCCAGCCAGUUUCCGUUGGAUUCGCCUUCGAUGAAGCACACAUUCGGUGCCCAGGAUCUUCGGAUGGGAGGUGGUUCAAUUGAUGAUUUUGCUGCGUCGCUACAUCAUUUCGAGGAUCGUGGCAUUUUGAUUGAGGGGUUUUGUGAAUAGGAGAAUGAUACCUUGUUGGAAUAGAGGGACUUCGUGAAUGGAGGCCGGAGGUGUACUUCGAUUUGUAUCGGACUAGUACUGCUUGUCUUGUUCACUCUCAGGCUUUGACCUUCCUAUAUAUUACCGUAGGGAACAGAUACUGAAUAUU